AUGGGUGAUAGUGAACUUGAGCAAAUCCGUGCUAAACGCAUGGCAGAACUCCAAGGACAAUAUCCGCAAGGUAAUCUCGAUAGGCAACAACAGGAACAGCAAGUAAAAGCGAGAUUGUAUACACCCAGUUUACGACCCCCGUAUUGCGAGCAUGGAUUGUUUGCCAUGCAAGACUUUGCUUAUGAAUUAAAUUUAUUUGAUAGGGAAGCGGAAGCGAAGAACAGCAUUUUAUCGCAAAUUCUAGCUCAGGAUGCAAGAACAAGAUUGAAUAGUAUCGCGUUAGUAAAGCCCGAGAAAGCGUCAAUGAUUGAAAAUAUGUUGAUAAAUAUGGCAAAAACUGGACAACUUGGCGGCAAGGUCAGUGAAGCGCAACUGAUUAAAUUACUAGAAGAAGUCAACUCAAAAACUCAAAAAAGGACUACCGUAAAGUUGGGCAUAUGUUAUUAA